CAGCAGCAGCCGCCGCCGCCGCGGGAGCCGCUGCCCGAACUCCCGGCCCGAACUCCAGAACUGAGCAUGCAGAGUUCAGAAGGUGCAGCGGACUCACCAGCUUCUGUGGCUUUGUGUUCGUCAGCGGCUGCCCAGGCGCCUGUAGCCCAGCCAGUGCCAGCCUCCCCACAGAGGGUGCUGGUCCAGGCAACGGGCUCAGCUUCCAAAGGGGCCCAGAUGCAGCCAAUCUCUCUCCCCAGAAUCCAGCAGGUACCACAGCAGGUGCAGCCCGUGCAGCACGUGUACCCAGCCCAAGUGCAGUAUGUGGAAGGUGGAGAUGCUGUCUACACGAAUGGAGCCUUGCGGGCAGCCUAUGCCUAUAAUCCCGAGCCUCCAAUGUAUGCCACAAGCAGCGCAGCAUCUUACUUCGAGGCUCCAGGAGACGCCCAGGUGACCGUGGCAGGCUCCUCUCCGCCAUCGGUCCCCUCCCACAGCAUGGUGGGCAUCACUAUGGAUGUCGGGGGGAGCCCCAUCAUUUCCAGCACAGGUGCCUAUCUCAUCCAUGGGGGGAUGGACAGCACCAGACACUCCUUGGCCCACACCUCCCGGUCAUCACCAGCAACGCUUGAAAUGGCGAUCGAAAACCUCCAAAAAAGCGAAGGGAUCACAUCACACAAAAGCGGUUUACUCAACAGUCAUCUCCAGUGGCUGUUAGAUAAUUAUGAAACUGCUGAAGGCGUCAGUCUCCCCCGAAGUUCUCUUUAUAACCAUUACCUUCGGCACUGCCAGGAGCACAAGUUGGACCCUGUGAACGCUGCCUCUUUUGGGAAACUGAUUCGCUCCGUGUUUAUGGGCCUGAGGACACGGCGGCUGGGCACUAGGGGCAACUCCAAGUAUCAUUACUAUGGGAUCCGUCUAAAGCCAGACUCGCCCCUGAACCGGCUGCAGGAGGACACCCAGUACAUGGCCAUGCGGCAGCAGCCUGUGCAUCAGAAACCGAGGUACCGACCAGUCCAGAAGUCAGACAGCCUUGGGGACAAUGGCUCGCACAGCAGCCUACACAGCACGCCGGAGCAGGCCAUGGCCGCCCAAAGCCAGCACCACCAGCAGUUCAUAGAUGUCUCCCACGUCUUCCCGGAGUUCCCAGCGCCUGACCUGGGCAGUGUCUUGCUGCAAGAGAGCAUCACACUUCAGGACGUCAAGGCCCUGCAGCUGGUCUAUCGGCGGCACUGUGAGGCAACUUUAGAUGUUGUGAUGAACCUUCAGUUCCACUACAUUGAGAAGCUGUGGCUUUCCUUCUGGAAUUCUAAAGCCUCUUCCAGUGAUGGCCCCGCCUCUCUACCAGCCAGUGAUGAGAUCCCUGAAGCCACCAUCCUCCCGAAGGACAAGCUGGUGUCUCUGUGUAAAUGCGACCCCAUCCUUAAGUGGAUGAGGAACUGUGACCACAUCCUCUACCAGGCCCUGGUGGAGGUUCUCAUCCCUGACGUGCUUCGGCCAGUACCCAGCACCUUGACACAGGCCAUUCGUAACUUUGCCAAGAGCUUGGAAGGCUGGUUGACAAAUGCCAUGAGCGAUUUCCCCCAGCAGGUUAUCCAGACUAAGGUUAGCGUGGUCAGCGCCUUUGCCCAGACCCUGCGGAGAUACACAUCCCUCAAUCACCUGGCACAGGCAGCCCGGGCCGUGCUUCAGAACACUUCCCAGAUCAACCAGAUGCUCAGCGACCUCAAUCGUGUAGACUUUGCCAACGUGCAGGAACAAGCCUCGUGGGUGUGCCAGUGCAAGGAGAGCGUGGUGCAGCGGCUGGAGCAGGACUUCAAACUGACCCUGCAGCAGCAGAGCUCCCUGGACCAGUGGGCCAGCUGGCUCGACAAUGUGGUCACCCAGGUCCUGAAGCAGCAUGCGGGCAGCCCCAGCUUCCCUAAGGCUGCCCGGCAGUUCCUACUGAAAUGGUCCUUUUAUAGCUCCAUGGUGAUCCGAGACCUCACCCUGCGCAGUGCCGCCAGCUUCGGCUCUUUCCACCUGAUCCGCCUGCUGUAUGAUGAGUACAUGUUCUACCUAGUGGAGCACCGCGUCGCCAAGGCAACCGGGGAGACACCCAUUGCCGUGAUGGGAGAGUUCAAUGAUCUUGCCUCCCUGUCACUGACACUGCUGGACAAAGAUGACGUCAGUGAAGACCGGAGCAGUGAGGCUGAUGCAGAUGCCAGAAGCCUGGGUCAUAGCCAACAUGAAGCCAAAAUGAAGAGUCUGGAAUCCGUCUGUUCCAAGGGGGCCGAGGCAGUCAGUGUUUCAGUGGCUCAUUCAGAGAGCCACCAUCCCGCCAAGUCUACACAAAGAGCCAUGCCUACAACCUGCUCCACAGAAUCAUCAAGAGUGCCUGCCGUGGAAUUGGUGAUCCGGGAGCAAUGGUGACCCUGGGCAGGUUUCAUCUUGAACUGUUUGAAGCUGAAAUCUCUGGGGACAAACAGAUCCCAAGGACUUGGACAGCCUUGAACUUUUAACUCCCAGUCUGUGUCCAUCACGAUACAUUGCACUUGAUUAGCUCCGUGUGAGAGUUCUGUCCCAAAAGCCAACUGCAAAGAAGAAAGACAAACCUCUAGUCUAGGAAGCGCCAUCUAAUGCAAUGCAAUAGUUUCUCUUUUUGGAAAUAUGUUUAUACCAAUAGUUUUGUGCUCCAAUUGUUAUUAGAAUGUUUCUUAUGAAUGUGUAUUGCAGUAUAUUUGGUCCCCAAUAUUUUUUUCUCAUUCACGUCAAACAGGAGCGCUGGGCCCACCUCGGCCCUCGCCAAGUGUGCAGGGUGGAGGUGGGGGUGGUGAGAAAGAUCCGCACUGAUUCUAGAAACCUAAAGUCCAUGAUGAUCACAAUGUUUGUCUGGUCCUGGAGUUCAAGACUUAGACGAACUCAAACAGAAAGAAUGUCUUUAAAUAUAGACCUCCUCUGCUGGAAGGCAUGAAGCUCAUGGUUUGUGAACUGUAACGGCCUGCCUCUCCUUUCCCAGUGCCAGCUGGGUUCUGCCUUAGGCUCUGCCUUGUUCUUUGCAGGGUUCCACGAGGAGGACUACAAAUGACAGUAAAGACAUAAGCCUUCCAAGCCCGUUCU